CCAAUUUAUAUAGUAAAUAUUUACUAUUAAGUGGCUAUUUGGUGAAAUCGAUGUAGGCUAGGCUACAGUAUAUCAUUAGACAAACACAGCACUACACUAACGGGAAUAUGAGAUUCGCUGAUUUAAUCAUCAUUUAUCAGUUUUCCUUUGGAGGGAAUGAUAAGCGCGCAUUCCAUUCCAGCGCAAUUCCAUAACGGGAUUUCCUCCGCUUCCCCCUUGAGCGGCUAUCAUUACACUUUCAGAGCCAAAACAAGUCGGGAGGAGAAGGCAUGAGUACAAUGACUGCUGAAAUCAUAAAAGACAUCUCCCAGCCCGACUCACCUGUCUCCUCAGCACCAGAAAACGGACAGCUGUUGUUCAUCCGAAGCGUCGCGUCCAGGAGGGACACGCAGACCACCAGCGGCAGCGCCAACCUCGAGGAGGGCAGCUCCCAGCCCCUGGUCUCCUCCUCAGCCACAGCUCAGCCUCAGUCUUACACCAUGACAUCGGGUGAAUUCAUGCAAUCCACCCCUCUGUUCGUGCAGAGGUCUAAUAAGAACCUGUUUUAUAAGAUCCUGUGUUUCCUCGUGCUCCUUCUCCAAGGAGGCAUGCUGGAUUUCUACCUCAUCAUCUUCACGGAUCUCUACUGGUGCUCGUGGAUAGCCACGGAUCUGGUGGUCAUAUCGGGAUGGGCGAUCUUCUUCAUGAAAAACGCCAGGAGUAAGCGGGAACGAGCUUGUGGUUUCCAUCAGAAGAGCUCCAUCUUUGGAUGCAACCUGGGGGAGUUCACCUUCGCGUACCUGGCAUGGCUUAUCUACGUGAUCGCGUCCACCCCGAAAGUGGUGCUCGUUCUGGAAACGUCCAUCCUGGAUCUGAUCGCCCUGAAGGUGCCAUUUGGCAUCACCGGGUUUAAAAUAACCAUGCUGCUGUGCGCGCCUUUGCUUUACUGCCUCAUCAACUCCAUCAUUGAAGAUCCCAACGGUGCCACGCGCUUUCACUCCCAAGGCUGCUUCAUGAGCACCUGCUUAGACAUCCUAGACAGCUUUACGCUGGUGGAACUGCUCCUUAAAAACGAAGUCCCCAACAUAUACCUUAGGUACACGGUUAUAUCGGUGUAUUUCAUCGCACUGGGCGUUCCAGUUGUUUGGCUUUACGAGUUGACGGCCUCAGAGAUGAACUGUCGCUGGAUAUGGGCGAGGUUUUUCACCGGCGUGCUGCUCAACGCACCGCUCUUGGUGGUCAGAUGUUUCCUCGUCUUUGUUUACAAAGCGCCCAUAUCGGUUUUGAUGUUCAAGAACAUCUUCUUCUUGGGGUGUAAGUGCCUGGAGCUGGUUGAACAGUGCAUGUGCUUAAGAGGUGUCCGGAGGUUUGCACGUGGACGCGGGGGCAACCCAGCCCAGUUCUCCCACUGCGUUUCCGAAAACGACAUGUGUCCUCACGGCUAUGUGAACACGCUGGCCGUCAAUACUCAAUCGUAGAUGCACUUUAUGGACUGUCGUUGACCGGAGGCCACGCUGGCUACUACACAGUUUGCAUCAGACCUUUUAAGGGGAGGUGCUACAGUUGCUCACAUUCCUUUUAUUUUAAUCAAAAUACAGAUGAAACAUACAAACCAAUCAAAAGUAUUGUGAGUGACGAUACUUUGUAAAUCCACGGAUUAUGAGGAGCGUUAAGAUCGAUAAAACGUAGUGUACUUUUUAGUGCUUUACAGUCUUAAAAAUAAAGCUCUUAAAGGCUUCUUCCCAGCGAUGCCAUGCAUAGAAGAACCAUUUUUCGUUCCACAAAGAACCACCCAGUCAAAAAACUGGAUCUCUUUCUUACCUUUUUUUUAAUAAUCUGUAGAAUAUUCAGAUAUUAAAGGUUCUUUAUGGAACUAUUUAGACAAAAAUUGCUCUUCUAUGGCAUCGGGAAGCACCUUCAUUUUUAAGUCUAUUUUAGAAUGAUAAAGUAUUUUGUUUAUAAUGCCUAACAGUUUAGGUUGUGUUAGAUGUAGGCCUCAAUCCAAAAUAUAAUUUGUGUCAGACAUUCCCAAAAUAGAUGAUUUUACAUUGUUAUAUAUUACACCUUCUUGGUGUAUAUGAUUUAAUAUCAUAAUAAUUCAGUGUUUAUGACAGUAUUAGCCAAAUCUGAUAAAUAUUUGCCUAGAUUUAUGCCUGUAGUACCUCUCCUUAUGAACGCCCUGUCGUUCUCCUCCACUCUCAACAGGUGCUACAACCAAACCACUCAAUGUGCCAAUGAAAAACAUUCCCACCCGUGACCUGUGCAGUAUGUACUUAAUGUAUUAGGACGUGACUGUCAACCAUUGCUUAUAUGACACGAGAAUCUUUGAUUUGCACUUGUUUUGGUGAGGCACUUUAAUUCAGUGUGAGGACUACUCAUGGGGAGAAGUUAUAAGUGCAAUGUUGUAUAAUUUAUUUUCUAUGUAAAAAUAUCCUUAACUGACAGUUGGCUAAUGUAGACACGUUUAUAGUGUUUUCAGACACCUCGUCAAGAUAUUCCUAUAUGCACUUGUCAAAAGUGUAAAUAUGCCUUGUGACUUGUAAGGCUUGGUGUACACUUCAAAUUGUGAAUGUGAUGUAGCCCUUUCCUAUUUUAAAUACUUUGUCAGUGGCAAUGGUACUUAGGAAUGGGGCAUUGUUGAAUGGUGUAUGGAUUCAUAAUGUUCCUUGAUGUAAUAAUAGGCUACUUUAAGCAUAGAAUCUAUGAGGAUAACUGUAAUCCAUCUUUAAUGAUCAAACUCCAUUGCUGGUCCCAACCAGCCAUAUUACCAUCUUCAGUUUGUACAAGGCUACCUCUCUUUACAGAACCUCCUGGUUGACAUUAUAAACCAAUCAGUUUAUCUGUGCAAUUCCAGAUGAUAUAUCAUUCAUGCCAUUAUAUAAGGUAUGAUUAUCACAAUCGAUAACAUUUUGACCAACCAUGAGUAUUGUUAUAGUGCUGACAGAUUGCGAAUGGACAUCAUCCAUUAAUCAACACGCAGUGCAUCCAUGUCUAAAUCUAAAUAUGUGUAUUUUCAAGCUCAUUAGUUACACUUAUAUUUACACCAGGAACAAAUAUAGCAAUGCUUAAUAUCCAUGUUUCUCACUCCAAUUCUUCAUCUUAAAAUGACAGUUCAUCUAAAAUUGAAAACUCUGACAUUAUUUAUGCACCCUUGUGUCAUUUCAAACCUGAAUGACUUGCUUUCUUCUGUACAACACAAUAUAAUGCGCAUAUAAUGAAGCCAGUGGGGUCCAAACAAUGUUGGUUUGGACCCCAUUGACCUUCAUUGUAAGCACAUUAUAUCUUCUGAAGAAAUAAAUGCAUCCAGGUUUAGAGAGACAUCAGUGCGAGUAAUAUUCAUUUUUGGUGAGUUGACACUUUAGCUGUGAGAAGCAAGCUUGUCCUGUCACUUUUAGUUUUUAAAACAGAGUAUUAUAUAUGCUUGUCCAACAUGUAAUUACUAACAAAUGUGCAUCCUAUUCUAACAUAUUAUUACUCUAGUGCUUUUGAGGAUUGGGGUACAGGGUGAGCUAAACGUGUUAAAUAUGCAGGCUGAAAGUGCAUUAUGGGAUUUUUGUGCCUCAUUGAGCAGUAUUUAACCUGACAAAUAUAUACCGCUGCAUACUACGCAUGUUUUUUAAUCUAUAGGUUUUAGUGUAUGUACAUACAUUUUUUUGAUAAGGAAAGCAACUUCCAGCCUCACCUCUCUCUAUUUAUUCACAUAAAUGUUUUACAGAGAAUUUUCUUACAAGGGCUUUAGUUUGCAAUUUAAGUUAUGUUAAC